AUGGCGCCUGUCACGCCCGCAGCGGCUUCAGGUGCCCAGCCUGUCGACGCCGAUGCCCUUCGCCGGCGUGCUGUUGUGCCGGCGGUAGCUGUCGCUGCCCCAGUAGAAGCUGACGACAAGAAGAAGGCAACGAAGCCGCAGCUUUCGGCCUUGCAAAUACUCUCAGACUGGGAAGUGGUCAUUGCGCCGAUCAUCUUCACUGCCUUUGCCUUUUUCACUCGUCUCUACAAAAUCGGCCUGUCUGAUAUCGUCACCUGGGACGAGGCACAUUUCGGAAAAUUCGGCUCUCACUAUCUACAGCACACUUUCUACUUCGACGUGCACCCACCUCUCGGCAAGCUUCUUGUCGGCUUGUCAGGUUACAUAGCCGGGUACAAUGGCAGCUUCGAGUUCAAGUCUGGCGAGACCUACCCGCCCGAGGUCGAUUUUUGGACCAUGCGCGCAUUCAAUGCCCUCUUCGGCAUUGCAACGAUCCCCAUGGCUUACUUUACUGCACGGGAACUGACCUUCUCUCGUCCAGCCGUCUGGCUUGUCACCCUUAUGGUUCUCUGCGAGAACAGCUACACCACUAUUUCCCGAUUUAUCCUUCUCGAUUCCAUGCUUCUCUCAGGCACCAUCGCAACCGUUCUGUGCUGGGCUAAGUUCCAUGGCCAGCGGAAGAACAGCUUCGAACCCGAGUGGUUCUUCUGGCUGUUUAUGACUGGUCUGAGCAUUGGAUGCGUCACAAGCGUCAAGCUCGUCGGCUUGUUCGUUACGGCCAUGGUUGGCCUCUACACUGCUGAGGAUCUGUGGAACAAGUUUGGAGACCUGAACAUGAAGCCGGUGGUUCUUGCUGCACACGUCGCCGCCAGAGUGGUUGGCCUCAUUAUCCUUCCAUUUCUCGUUUACCUGCUCAGCUUCGCCAUUCACUUUGCCGUUCUUACCCACUCGGGUCCAGGCGAUGCUCAGAUGAGCUCGCUAUUCCAGGCGAACCUCGAGGGAACUGAGGUUGGCCAAGGCAGUCCGCUUGAGGUUGCUUUCGGUUCGAGGGUCACUCUCAAGAACAUGGGCUAUGGUGGUGGUCUUCUUCAUUCUCACGUCCAGACGUACCCGGAAGGCUCUGGACAGCAGCAAGUUACUUGCUACCACCACAAGGAUGCCAACAACGAGUGGUUCUUCUACCCCACCCGCGAGGAACCCGAAUAUGACGAGAACGCCGAGCCGCGUUUUGUCGGCGACGACUCUACGAUCCGCUUGAUCCACGCCCAGACCGGUCGCAACCUACACUCCCACGAGGUUUCAGCCCCUGUGACCAAGGCAGACCGCGAGGUUUCCUGCUACGGCAACCUUACUGUCGGCGAUGCCAAGGACUACUGGAAGAUCGAGGUUCUGGAUGACGUCGCUUCGCGCGAUCACAGCCGCAUCCGAACACUCACGACGUCCUUUCGCUUGAAGAACCCGGUUAUGGGCUGCUACCUUCGAGCAGGAAACGUCAACCUUCCCCAGUGGGGUUUCCGGCAGAUCGAGGUCACCUGCACGAAGGACAACAACCCCAGGGAUACGUACACCCACUGGAACAUCGAGGCUCAUAUCAAUAAGAAGCUACCGGAAGGCAACCCUGGCAGCUACAAGUCCCCUUUCCUGCGCGACUUCGUUCACCUCAACGUGGCCAUGAUGACGAGCAACAACGCGCUUGUUCCAGACCCGGAUAAGCAGGACGACCUGGCCUCUAUGUGGUGGCAAUGGCCCAUCCUGAAUGUCGGAUUGCGCAUGUGCGGCUGGGACGACAAGAUUGUCAAGUACUUCCUCCUUGGCAAUCCCAUCGUGUACUGGGGAUCCACGGCAAGCUUGGGUAUUUUUGCUUCGCUGGUCGCCUGGUACGUGAUCCGGUGGCAGCGAGGGUACACGGAGCUUUCGCAGGACGACAUUGAUCAGAUCCACUAUGCCGGUAUCUACCCAGUGAUCGGCUGGUUCCUUCAUUACCUGCCGUUCGUCAUCAUGGCCCGCGUCACCUACGUCCACCACUACUACCCAGCACUCUACUUUGCCAUUCUCACGUUCGGCUUCCUGGCGGAUUGGUUCCUCAAGAAGCGUGUUAAGACGAUUCAGGCCGCGGUGUACGGGCUUCUAUAUGCCACUGUCAUUGGGCUGUACAUCUUCUUCAUCCCCAUCUGCUGGGGCAUGACGGGCCCCAACAAGCAAUAUUCGUACCUGAAGUGGUUCGACGGUUGGCGGAUUACAGACUGA